GGAGGAGCGACCCAGUUGGACUACACUGCGCUCCAGAGUUGGCUCAGUGAGAGGAGCUGUCCACUGCCGGAGGUGCUGAAGGCGGCCGUUCAAUGACAGGAGCUGUCCUCGGUGCUGAACUCGCUGAUUGAAAGGAGCUGUCCAAGCCUUUGAUAGACGACGGGAAGACCCCCUUAUCUCCUCACCGUAAAGGAGAGACGUUGCUGGACAGUGCUCUAAGUUGCUGGUGUACUUUCGCGGUGAGUUCGCGUGGCUUUUGUCCAGGACGAGCGGACAACCUUUCCGUGCGUAAGUUAAAAAACACUUCAGCUCGGCGCGAUGGCUUUCAUGGUCAAGCACAUGAUCGGCGGUCAGCUGAAGGACCUGACCGGAGGCUUGACGGAGGAGAAAACCGAAGGGGAAAAAAGCGAGGCUGGAGCGAAGGGAAUGACCCAAGAGGAGUACGAGCAGUAUCAGCAGCAGCUCGAGGAGGAGAAGCAGGAGCGAGAUGCCAACUUUGCCCAGAAGAAAGCGGAGAGGGCCACAGUCAGAACUCACUUCAGAGAAAAGUACAGACUGCCAAAGAACGAGCUGGAUGAAACGCAGAUCCAGGCCGCAGGGCAGGACGUGGAGCUGCCCACCGAGCUGGCCAAGAUGAUCGCCGAGGACAACCAAGAAGAGAAGCACAAACAGUCCGUCCUCGGCCAGCUCUCCAACAUCCAGAACGUGGAUAUUGACCACCUGAAGGACAAAGCUCAGGCCACGCUGGAGGAGCUGAAAAACUCAGCCGAGAAAUGUUCGCUAAUGUGAUCUUCUCUGCUGUCUUUCUCUGUUUGGCUACAUUCAC